AGGGACACCCACUCUGUUGACUUUCCCAACCAGGACCCUGAUGACUGUCUCCUGAAGUCUCCCCUGGUCCCUGUGUCAGGUGUUGGAGCUCACCUGGUGAAUGAUGAUCAAGCAGAGAUGGCUGUCAGCACAACUGGGUGUUACCGUCAGGGGCCAGUCAAACUACCUGCAACUCAGAGCAAUGACAACUGCUCAUCAAUUUUUCUAGGGUGCUGUGUCUUGUUUUGGAAGAAAAAGCAAAGGCUUGAAAUCUCUGGACCAUUUAAUCUGAAGCACAGGAUUCAUACCGAGUUUGAUCCCCAUGGACGGAAGUUCCCAGGACUCCCACUUCUGUGGGUGUUGCAUCCUAUUAGUCCAGAGAAAGACAAGGUGUGAAAUCUAUGCCUCAUCGAAUUUUCAGCACAGAAGACAGACCGAGUUUGAUCAUCAAGAACAUACAAUUACAGGAUUCCCACUCCAGUGGCAGAGCUUGCUGGAAGCCAUAGUGAAGGAAGAAAAACCGAUAUGGAACCCGUCAUCUAUCAUACCCAUUCUGAUUCCCUGGUGUUGCAGCCUGUUCAGACACAGGAAAAGAAGGCAUGAGGUUUCAGCCCCAUGCAAUUUUCAACAUCGAGUGCACAUGGUAUUUAACGAAGCAGAUCAUACAUUCAUGGGACUACCCCUACAGUGGAGCAGCUUGGAAGAAGACCCAUUAAAGGGAGAAAAAGUGAUAGCGGAUCCUUCAUCUGUCACACCCAUUCUAAAUCCCUGGUGUUGCAUCGUGUUUGGCAAGAAAAAGACAAGGCUGGAAAUAUCCAGACAAUCUAAUUUUGAGCACAGGAUUAAUACUGAGUUUGAUUCCAGAGAACAGAAGUUCACAGGAACCCCACUGCUAUGGCACAGCUUGUUGGCAGACACAGUCAAUCAACCCAUAGUGGACCCAUCAUCCCGUACAUACAUUCAACUUGCUGCCAUGAAGGUACUGUGAUAGGGGUGGUCUCCAGUUGACUUAAGAUUUCAUUUGUCUGCUUGUAUUUAAUGUUAGCAACUAUAUUUAAGGACAAUUGGAUUUUUCCUGG